AUGGUGGAGCAAAAACAAAAAGGUGAGGCGCAAAACGGCCACUCUCCCAACUCACCGACAGCAAAUUGUAACAAGAGACGACCCAACAAGAAAAGAGGUCGAAUUGCAAAAAGUGGUGAGCUUCUUGUUGAUGCAGGAGAAGCUCGCAAGAAUAAUGAACUUUGCGAUGCAUGUGGGACUCCAGGAACAUUGAUCUGCUGUGAUCUAUGUCCAAGAACAUUCCAUUUUUACUGUGUCUUUCCUGUGUUGAGCCCCAAGUCACCACCAACAGGAGAAUGGUAUUGUGAUCAGUGUAUCUGCGAUCGUCAUUAUGAACAGAUUACGCGAAAUCGAGGGCGAAACCAACGACAAUUGCAGGUAAAUGGUUCGCCCUCUGGUUCACAAACAGGGCAACACUCGACGCAGUCUCAGAAAAAGAUCGGGAGCAUCAAAUCACGCAAGACAAGAGAAGCAUUAUCGAAGAUAAAAGUCAAACAACCACCACCGCUGUUAUCACAGCUGGAGCAUUUGUUUACAAGCAUCAAUCCAAAACAAUACCGUUUGCCUGCAGACAUUGAAGAAUAUUUUGAAGGAGUGACUGUCGGUACAACUGGAGAAUAUGUUGAUGCAUCAAAACGAAAACCUGUAAAAUUAGAUAAAAAUAGCAUGGAAAUAUUACCUGAUUAUUAUCAAAUCAAGGAUGAACAAACGGGAAAAUACAUUUAUUGUCAUGCUUGUGGCAAGACAGCGAAAAAACCCAAGAAAAUUAUUGCUUGUGACUAUUGCGAUCUCUGGUGGCAUCUCGACUGUCUUGACCCACCAAUGGUCGUGCCACCUCCAAUCGAUAGGCAAUGGAUGUGUCCUUGUCAUGCUGACCAUUUACUGCCGCGUAAACGCAAAGUGCGAGAUGCUCCGGUUUCAACGUUCGGAGAAUCACUGGGUUCGGAUUGUGUGGGUCUCGAGGACGAUGUAGUUGAAUACGAAGAAGUCUACGUGAAUAGUAAGAAGUAUAAACUUCCGAAAAAGGGCGUUGUGAUAAACUGGUUGGGACAAAUGCAUCAGGAGCAAGAACGUAGGCAGAGAUCAAAGAGGCGUGCCGAAGAGGAGCAAGAGCACAUAGUCAAAAAGAUGGAAGCAGAUUUUAAAGAACCAGAUCCUAGUCAAUAUGGGCUAUGGAUAUUAAUGAAAGGGGCACUAACAGAAACAGGUAAUAUAAAUGACGAAGACAAGGCUUGA